AUGUUGGGCAAGUUUCUAAUUGCCGCUCUUGCGGUCGUUGGCGGAGUCAACCCCGUCGAGGCCCAGCAGCAGAACAUCUUCGUUACCGGUGUCCCAGUCACUGGAGGAAGCGCUGUUCCUUCUCGCCGAAACAUCAAUGAUCUUAUCAAAUCUGGUGGUCCCACUCUGGACCUUUACAUGCGAGCUGUCCGCUCCAUGUACGACGCCAGCGAGACCGACUGGAAGUCCUACUUCCAGGUUGGUGGUAUUCACGGCAAGCCCUUUAUCCAGUGGAACGGUGGUGGUGGUCGAAACGGUAAUGGAUGGCCUGGAUACUGCCCUCACGGAGAGAGCAUCUUCCUGACCUGGCACCGUCCUUACGUUCUGCUUUACGAGCAGAUCCUCGUCGAGCACGCCAAGCGACUGGCCAACCUUUACCCUUCCAAGUACCGCAAGACCUACGUUGAUGCUGCCAACGCUCUGCGAGCUCCCUACUGGGAUUGGGCCAUCGACGGCAUCCCUAACAUUCUCACCCAAACCAACGUCAAGGUCCAGGUCCCCAACGGCAGCGGUCUCAAGACCAUCAACAUGAAGAACCCUCUCUACACCUACGACUUCCCCAAGGUCGCCCUCAACGGCAAGUACGGCUCUUGGGACGACGAGGACCGUAGCCGAAUCUACCACUGCCCUGCUCCCGAUAGCUUCCCCGGUACCGCCAACAACAACCUCCGCGGACGUCCCUACAAGCAAUGGACCUACGAUGUCAUGACCCGACCUACCACCUUCAACCAGUUUGCUUCCACUGGUGCCAACGGUGCUUCUCUCGAGCAGAUUCACAACGCCGUUCACUGGGAUGCUUCUUGUGCUGGUCAGUUCCUCGCCACCGAGUUCUCCGGCUUCGACCCCAUCUUCUGGCUGCACCACACCCAGGUCGACCGUCUCUGGGCUUACUGGCAGGCUAUGCACCCUAGCCAGUCCUCCUUCACCGGCUCCUACUCUGGUGGUUCUCGAUACUCUACUCCUCAGGGUACCCGUAUCACCCAGAACUCUCCUCUCCAGCCUUUCUACCGAUCCAAGGGUAACUUCCACACCUCCGAGACUGUCAAGAGCAUCCAGAGCUUCGGUUACACCUACGCUGGACUCGAGUACUGGCGCAUGUCCCAGAGUCAGCUCGCCAGCUCUGCUCGAUCCACCAUCAACCGUCUUUACGGCAGCGGCUCCAGCCGUCGUGAUCUUGGCGAGCGUGCUGCUAGCAAGACCACUCGUUACUUCGUCAACGUUCAGCUCGACGUUACUGAGGUUGAGCGCCCUGCCCAGGUCAACGUUUACAUCGCUGGCAAGCUUGUUGGUGGUCUCGUUGUCAUGCGACAGCCUGCCGAGGGUACCAUCCACGGUUCCUUCUCUGCUGAUCAGGCCGCCGACACCCCUCAGCUUCUUGCCUCUUGCUCUCCUGACAAGGUUGCUGAUGCCGUCAACAAGGGUAUCCAGGUCGAGAUUGUCAAGCUCAACGGCAACAAGAUUGACCUCAAGACUGUCCCCAGCUUGAAGGUCAGUCUCGACGACGUCGCAUACACUCCCCCUGCCGCCCUCGAUGCCCUUCCCGUCUACGGCAAGGCCUCCAACAAGCCUGCCCAGGCUGCCGCUCUUACCAGCGCCCGUGCUGGCCAGGCUCUCAACGUUUGCAACAGGGAGCUUCCUUCUUUCAACCCUCCCGUCUAA